AUGAGAGACUUAUUGCUAAGAACACGAACAAGAACACCAACAAUGAUAACACUAUUUGAAUAUUUACCUAAUGAAAUUCUUAUUAUUAUAUUUAAUUACAUUCAAACAAAUGUUUUAUACCAAUGUUUUCUAAAUUUGAAUACACGUUUAAACAGCAUUCUCAGUGAUGUAUCCUUUAAUCUUGAUUUAACAUUAGUAUCAAAACAUGAUUUUGAUUAUAUGUGUAAACAAGCCAAAAAUAAAAUAAUUCGAUCACUAUCUUUAUCAAACAGUCAUAUUUGUGGACAAAUUAAAUACUGGUAUGACAAUUAUGACACUGAACAACAACAACAAUUAAAUUCAUUAUCAUUACUAUGGCCAACAGUCGAUGACUUAAAAUAUCUUUUACCCAUACUUUUAUCGAAAACAAAAAAUCUAAAUAAUUUGCAUCUGGUUAAUCAUCCUACAUUGACUGAAAACAGAAGUGACAAUGAUAAAUUGAUAAUUAAAUCUGCUUUAUUUGAAUUAUUAAAACAAUUAAAAUCAUUCACAUUUUUAUGUGAUUUAUUUUCUUUUAAAAAUAUAUCAUCAACAAUAUCAACAACAAUCCAGUAUUUACAUUUGAAUAAAAUUGAUUCAUUUGAUUUAAUAAUUAUUUUCCAACAUAUACCGAAUUUGAAAUCAUUAACAAUUGAGCUAUUAAAUGGGAUAACUGUUCCAUUAUCAGCUGUGGUUGCCAUCAAUAUGAAACAACUAAAAAUUAAAGCAACAACAGCUCUGUUUAAUGGUACACAUGACUUAUUGAAAUCAAUCCCAAAUAUUCAAUAUUUAUCUAUAUUCUCAUCAAUCGAUCAAAAUCAAAUUGAUGGCAAUUAUUGGUCGUCGAUAUUAUCAACAUUAACAAAUUUAAAACACUUUGAAUUUCAUAUUGCAGCUUCUGAUUGUCCAAAUAACGUUCAAGAAUUAAAAUCAUCUUAUGAAUCAAUGUUCUGGUUAAUUGAACAUCAGUGGUAUGUUAAUAUUGAAUAUCAGACUGACAAAUUUCAUAAUUAUAUAACAAUCUAUACAAUACCCUAUCCAUGUAAUGGCUAUACAUUACUAUCACAACGUGAACAAUUUCAAUUAUUGACAACGAAUCCAUCAACAACAACAAAUGACCUCUAUCAACGUGUACACAUAUUAACGAUGCGGUCUAAAGGUACUCAUCAUUAUUUUUCCGAUAUUCAUACAUUACAAUGUCACCAGAAUUUAAAUUUAUCGUCUUUUCGUAAUGAUGAAUUAUUAUUAAAAUUAUUCAGUUCUACAUUGAAUUUAUCAACAAUAGUGGAUUUGUAUUUAAUUUCAUCCAUUGAUAUUAAUAGUUAUCUUCUGUUUUCAAAAAUGUCUAGUUUGAAAAUAUUACGUUUGACAUAUUCAGUAUUAUUAAAAAUAACAAAUGACUUUCAAUAUGAUGAUUUAUGUGCAUAUUUUCAUGAUCACAUUGAACAACUACAUUUUCAACAAGAUCAUCAAGGACGAAUUAAUCCCCCUUUAUAUAUGAAACGUAAUAUUAUGUUUAAAAAAUUUUUAGCUGUAUUUAAUACAAAUAUGAAAUAUCUCGGAUGUGAAGUUGAAUUUGUUAACGAUGUUAUUUAUAUGUUGCCAAUGUUGUUAACAGAAAUGGUGAACAUAAUUGAAAUUCAAAUGAAAGUAUUAAAAAUGAAAUUAAUACGCCAAUGUGAUAUCGGUGCAAAAUAUCGAUCCAUAUCAAAAUUAUCAAGAGAAUUUCGAACAAACGUUGAUCGUCUGUUAAGACGACAAAUGAAGCAACGACAACAACAGUUUGAUGUCAAUUAUGUUGGAACCCAUGUAUGUGUUUGGAUUGGAAAACAAGGUUAUAACCAUGAUCAUGAACAUGAAAUAGAUAUAACUGGUCAAGCAAUGACUUCAAUUGAUGUAUAG